AUGGCCGAAGUGCACUUGACCAUGGUCGAGAAGCUGCGACAGAAACAAGCAAGUGUUUCCCCUUCAACUGACCCGGCAGAGGUGAUGCUGAUCUCCAGUCCUGAAGAGCAGUGGAACCUGUUGCCUCUGUUCCUCCAGACCAUUUCUAUGUUGUCAGAGGAGGAAAAAAUUUUCAUGGCAGAUUUUGGCAUGGCACUGUUGAAAGAAUGCUGCAUUGCUGCGCGCAAGUUGACUGACAACUUCCAAGAGACGCUGGACCUGAUGCGUGCCGAAGUUUUUGUGGCGACAUUUCGUGGCGUCAUCGUCCGUGGAAGUUCGACUCACAUUCCAGUGGCCGUGCUCAGGGAGACUGAAGGUGACAAGAGACGCUUCCGAGAUUUGAUUGCAGCUCAAUCGUAUACGGUGCCUCGCUUGCAGCAUUUGGCCAGCGAUUUGAGACUGGCGUUACACUACAUUGAUGAGUGGGAGACAAACUGGCGUUGUUCUGAAGCUUUGGCUUCAGUCAUGGAGCACGUCGAGGCCAUACUGGACAACUUGCGGCUGAAGAUCUUGGGAUUGCUUCAUGCACUUUCCACUGAACUCUCUGCUGCAAUGUCAGAUACGCUGUCUGAUGCACCAAGCUUGCCUCCUGAUGUUGAAUCUGAAGAUGAUAACAAAGACGCAUCUGAAGCAAGAUCCGUAAGUCUUCCCUCUGACGUUCAAUCUGAUGCUGAGCCUGGAAAUCUUCAAAAGCAUUGCAGCUGCCGAUUGCAAUGUUACCUGAAGUUUGAUGAAGCAGAAAUCGAACAUCGACGUGCUGAAAAUUUGAAGGAUCAGCAGGUUCGACUCCAGAAUUUAUUUGGAAAGGUGAAAUCUUUUGUGGAUGCUUUAUCUGUAAAGACUGCUCGCAUAGAUUGGCAAAUGGGUGGCCAAAAAGUGUGCAGGCCCUUUUGGGAGUAUUGCCACUCAGUAGGCCACAAACAAGUGGACGACAUGGUGAAAUUGGCUAAGCUUGGACAUGCUGCUCUCCCUGAAAAAGGCGCCCGGAUGCCCAAGGAGAAGCCUCGCAUGGAUGAGGCUGAUGUUUGGUUCCUCAACUUAUAUACAGGUCUUGCAGAGCCGACACCAGUGGAAGAUGGUGGCCAUCGCCAUGUGGAAGAACUUCCUGAUGCAGAUCAAGUGCAUGAAGUUGUCCACGAUGUUAGCCAUCCACUAUAUUCAAUGUCUGUUGGUGUUGGCAACCAGGGGGCAUUGGUCCCGAAGCGUUUCCUCAAUCAGGAGAAUUUGGCUUCUUUGUGGCAUGUCUACGAGCUGAACAAGUCGGAUGAGCCACGUGUGUCCCGGGAUACCUUCACCAAAGCUUUCAAUCGACACUGGAAAAGGAUUUUAUGCUUCAAGGGUUAUGGUCAAGGAGUACGAUGUCAAGUUUGUGCUGAUUUUGAUGAGAGGCGUUCGCAGCUGACUUCAAAGAAGGAGCGCCAGGAGAUUGACGAGUUGAAGCAGCAGCACCUCAACAGAUGUGACAUGGACCGAUCUGUCAAUGUCAGGGGCAACCGAUUGUCAAAGCAGGAUUCAAAUUUUAAGAUGGAGAACUCCUCGACUAGCUUCCUCAAGGUGUUGGUGGACGGGAUGGACCAGGCAAAAUUUCGAUGUCCCAGAAACUUGAAAGCCAAUGCAGCCUUCGCCAAUGUCCAAAGGCCGGCCUUGCAUCUCACUGGAGCUGUGGCAAUUGGCCUCUGCGAGGUUUAUUAUAUUCUUGCGCCUGACACCAAGAAGGACAGCAACAUGGUUGCAACUUGCUUGGCCCACCUUUUGGACAGAUGCCAACUUGUUGUCGAAAAUAGAGGACCAGAUUAUUGCUUGCCAAGACAUCUCAUCAUUGGAGCGGACAAUUGCACCAGGGAGACGAAGAAUGCCUAUUUGGCCCAAUUCGGUGCCUUCCUUGUGGGAAGGGGUUUAUUUGAUUCAGUGGAGUUUCAGUUUAUGGUCACUGGCCACACAAAGAAUGAGCUGGAUCAGCGCUUUUCAAGCGUUGCGACGAUUUUGAACAAGGCUGGCACCCUGGAAACGCCAUUGCAAUUUGCCAACUACAUGACGCACCAUGUUAAGCCAGCAAUGGCAACCGAGAUGCAGGUGGAGGUCUUGGAUGCUACUAGGGAUUGGCAAGCUUUCUUUGAACAUUUGAGCAUGCACGUGCAAGGGCUCACAGCGACCCACCUUCAGCCUGAUUCAAACCAUGUUUGGCGCUUUGUCUUGCGACAGCAAAUUGACCGUGCCCAAAUGGUGGAGAACCACAACCCAAACUGGAAGGAUUUUCCUGAAGACCCCAGGGAUGUUGUGCUGAUUCUCAAGCAGUUCAUGUCCUCGGCCGAAGCGUCGCAACCACCUCAGCUGAUGCUUCCAGCUCAGCUUCUUGGCAGUUUCAAGCGGGACCUCUUGACGAUUGCCGACAGAAGGCAGUGGUCUGAAGAUCAGUUGGAGCAGUACCUGAAGACUGCUCAAGCCGUGUCGUCGGAUCCAUGGAGACUCUUUGAGGCGCAGGCAUGGCUGGAAGGCUUGUGCCAUGCUAACAAGCAUCGGCUGUCCAAGGAGCCUCCAGUCUUUUCUUUGGUUUUGCAGGAGCAUGAAAUGCCUGAGAUCGUCACAGAUUUGCCAGAUGAAGCCCUGUUUCAGCCGGAUCCGGCACCUCGUCGUGUCAGAGUGUUGCUGAAGCGACCUGCUGCUGCAGCCAAGUCAUGUCGACAGCCGAAGAUGAGAAGACCUGCAGCAGCUCUGCCAGGUGCUGCAGUUGCAGCACCAGCAGACGCUGCAGUAGCCGCGGCGGCCAAGCCUGCUGCAGCACCUUCUGGAUCGCGACCGCCCAUGCGCAGACCCGCGGCUGCAGAACCCUCAGACCGUGCCAAUGCUCCUCCGGAGUCACAUGUGGUUGCAGAUUCAGAGAAGAUCGAGCGCUAUGGAUGCUCCAGGUGCAGAAGCGCCAGGAUUGGGUGCCUUCAAUGUCGAGCCUGGGUGGAACAGAAGAGCCUCCCUGAUGGCAGCACCUGCUCCUAUGUGCCGACCAGCUGCGGCUGCAAUGCUACCAAGCCCAUCAGACCAGAGCACGGCCAAACCUAUACGGAGUACUGUCGCGAGCUGCGCCAUGAAUGGGUUGUUGAAAAAGACCGCAAUGAGACCUUCCCGAUGGUCAAUGCAGCUGGAGAGUUGGAACGGGUGUCGACUGCUGACUGGACAACAUACAAGAGAAUCCAUUCCAGCCACGAUGGUUGGAAGUUGCUUCAAGGGCGCUAUCGUUGGCGCCGGGACUGGCAGCAGCAGUGGAGCAGCAGGUGCACCCAACUAGUCACUUCUUAUGAAGUUCCCAUUUCAUUGACCUAUUAUUUUUUCUCUCCAGUGCUCUGUUUCUGCGUCUCUGUGCUGCCAGUUUUUCCUGCCAUGGCUGACGACCUGUCCUCCACUGAGUCAAAGUCAGAUUCCAAUCGGAAACUGUCAAAGCGUCAAAGGAAACUUGCUGCCGCUGCAACCUUGCGCAUCCUCGAGCAGAAGCUUCAGAAGCGCCCAGUGACUCACAAAGGACGCCACUAUGAUUCCUUGGAAUGUUUGUGGAACUCCAAGGUAUCUUCAGAACCCAGUCAGCCUGCACAACCUGGCCCUGCUGCAGCAAAUGCCUUGAAGAGGCCUUUGUCACCAGACGAUUCUAGUCGAGAAGUUCGAAGUCGAGGAGAUGAAACUGGUGGUAUGCAGUCAGCUGACCAGUCAGCCGCACCAGCUGAAAUGCCUGCUCAUGACGAAGGCAUCCCAAGUUCGACUGCAUCAGCUUCGGGUAGCAAACCUUCAGCUGAAAGCCAGCCUACUUCAUCGAUCUCUCCUUCUUCAAAGGCAGUUGAGACAAUUGAAAUUGAUGAUGAGUGUGUGGAUGAUGCGUCCCAGUUCGCAAAGGAGUGGCUGGCCAAAAUGAGAACCAUUCUUCAGAACUAUCCAGCUGGCCCAGGAAGCUACUUGGAAGACAAAAUGAAGACGGCAGCAGACAAGGCUCGUUUCGCUACUUGGCUGCUGGAAACAUGGCCUGAAAGACCAGAUAUCUGCUAUCACCACGACCAAGUAGUUCCCAGUGUGCUGGAAGAUGAAUUGGCCCAGUCGCCACCACUUGCUAUCCAUGUGUCGUCCUUCAGCUGGACCGAUGGCUGUGGGGUGAAACCUGCUCCAGGACGUGAUUUGGCUUUGGGCCUCAUGGCAAUGUACCUCAAGGAUGGCUUCAUAACCAGCGGAGAUGUGAUUCUGAUGGCUCAGCCAUUGGCAGUUGAGAAGGCAGCUGGUCUUCCCAGCCUUUGGGGAUCUGAAGAGUCAGCACUCAAGCCUUUUAGCCUGGGAUAUUUGAAAGGACGUGCUCGACUUACCAGUCUCUUCGCUCUUCUUUUGUCAGUCUUUGAAGAAGAGGUCUCCUUGGAUGACUUGAAAAGCUUCUGCCCGAAGUUAUUCGAUUCCGUCUCAGUCAUUUGGGUUCAGCAUAUGCGGCAAAACAGCAAGGAAGAUGAGGUCUUGUGCAACCUGAAGUUGAGCACGAGAGGAUCCCUUAGAAAGGCAGCCAACCUCAUCCAAAUUGCCUUCAUGGUCAGACGUCUGUUGGCUUCAGGAGGCACCGACUACACUACUUUCCUGCGAAAGUACAACCAGCAGUCUGUUGCGGCUCACCAACUUCGCGGUCGCAAGCAAACUGCACUGAAGCUCCUCUUCGAAAGCGCUCCCAAGGACGUGCUGGAUGAGAUCCUCAACCAUGUUGGAACUCUUGGAUGGGAGAAUUGUGCUUGGACUGAGGAGAAUUUGGCUUCAAAACGUCUCUUCCCAGGACACGUUUUCCCAGCCAAGAACAGGAAGUGGCAACAGAGAUUGAGAGUCAGCGACAGGUCCUUGAGAAUUAUGGUUCUCAGGAUUCAUUGGGAGCAGGAGCACCAGUCUUGUGAGAAGCGCAGCCAGAAGAAGCCGGAUGACAGAGCUUGUGAGCUACUGGCUGAAAAAGCAGCUUGCCUCGUUUCCUUAGCAGAUGAGUUUUGCUCUGAGCAUCCCAUCACCAUGGAGACAGUCCAGAAGAAGAUACUGGAUGAGUGGUCCUCUGGAUGCAAGCGCAUUGACAUGGAGCUGGCCGCGCAGUUACUGGAGAAGUCCGAAUCCUUUGCCAUUGCGACCCACAUGCCUUGUUUCAAGGCUUUGCUGGAGGAAUCUCUUUUUCGUGCGCCGGUGUCUUCUUCCCAAGAGGUGGAAAUGCGAGACAAGCUGAAGAGAGAUGAGUUCGACCAUGUUGUGAAGAAAAUGGACUAUGACAUCAAGGUCUUCGAAAUUUGGCAAUCGAAGGUCGCAUCAGUGGCAAUGGCUCGCCAGCAUGCGAAGCAGGAACAUGUCGUUUCUGAGCACAGGAAAAUCGUGGAAUCAGUGGAAGCCUAUCUUGAUGGUUGUGUUCGCUUCCUGUGCUGGGAAGGAGUCAACAAGGGAAGUGAUAGCAUCGUUCCACAGGUCCUCUUAUUUCGCAUGGAAAUUUUGAGAAAGCUACGCAACCAAAACACAGCUGGUGCAGCUGCAGAUGUUCCUACCUUGGUCCUCAUGAAUUGGACCGCACCCUGUCUGUUUCCAGCUGGACGGCAGAAUGAUCACAUCAACUGCCUUGCGUGGGCGUUGCACGACAAUACCAACUCGGCUGCAAUCAUUUUCGCACCUACCUUUUCGUACCAGAAAGGAAAAACAUUCCUGGAGGAAAAUGCGUGCAUGCAGCUGCUGGCACAAGGAGGGCACAACUUGGACCAUCAGUUCAGCGUCUUAUUUUCUGACAGAUGCGAUCAGAGAGACAGCCGACCUCUGCUUUACCCUGCUCGUUGGGCCUUCCCAGGUCAUGUGGUUGACCUUGGAAAGACAAAUGCCUUCUUUCAGUCGGAGCUUCGCAAGGCUGGGCGAACUGAUCCUUGCAAGCAAAUGGCCGCCAAGGACUUGAAGGAAAUGGAAGACAUGGCUGAUGACAGCCUCCCAAGCACAACUUCAAGCAAUCACAUCUCUGGAGCAGCCAAGCAUUGUCAGUUUGGCCGUCCUGCUGCAGAAGAGGUCUUUCGCAAGGCCUUCAACCAAGUUGACCUGGAGAAAUUUCCAGCUGUGCUGAUCGUGGACCUCUUCCCCCGAGUUGGUGAUUUUGCAGGUGCUUUUUGCCGCCUCCGGACCCAAUUGAAUGCUGGGACCAGCUUGUUCUACAUUGGUGUCGGAGAGAAGGCCAAAGAAUUGGAAUGGCUUCGCGCGACUUUGCUCGAAGAGUUGGUGGAGAAAGUGAAGCUGGAAGGCUUUCAAAUUCCUGGUGCUCAGCCAUUUCAGAAAGAAGUCAACCCAGACCUCCUGGAUGCACUUCCCGCAAUUCCAAUUACCAAUCUUCUUGUUGUGAAAGGUGAAGGUGAAGAUCGAAGUCUGGUGCUGCCAAAGCACUUGAUGCUGAAGUGGCGUUCUGAUGAAGAUUUCGGCGAUGAAUUUUCCAAGUGUCGAGUGGAGGAAGUGCCUGCAGAAUGCUUGCUUCCUUGUGACAAAAUUGCAGAGACGCUUCUAUUUGAGACGAAGCUUGGAGGAAAAGAUACCAUUGGAUUCCAGAUCCGCACCAACCACCAGCUCUAUUUGGUCAACCAGACCUCCCAUGAGCUCAGUCUCAAAGCAAUGUCGCCUUUGGUUGGAUUUGGCAGGGGAUCGUUCAAGUUGUUCAAGGAAGAUGACACACUACCUGAGAAAGCUUUGCUUUUUCACAUUGCUUCCUCAGAUGCCUUGGUUUGCCUCAACGGUGCUGUGCAGACAAUUUCAGAAGUGCUAUUCAACCAAAGAAAAAUCAAGCCUGAGGCUACUGUCUGCUACCACAAGGCUACACCUUCUGGGCAAAAAACUGAUGGCCAGACAUUGUUUGACUUCAAGUUGACCCACAAAAUUUGCUUUGUGCCGCCGACGAAACGAGAUGGAGCAGAUGAAGGAGCAGAAAAACCCGGCAAAGAAGUCAGUGCUGCAAACUCAAUAAGCAAUGACAUUGCAGUUUGGACCACAGGUAGCAUUGAAAAUGCCUACGAUUUUGAUAUGCAGAUGGCGCUGAGAGCGUCUCUGGAUUUUCAGCAUGAUCGGCUUCAGAUCUUUGAUGGGGUCUCGAUUCCGUUGAAGUGCAACAGUGCAGGACAGUAUGUGAUCAACCUGAUGGAUCGAAAUGUGGUGGAUGAGCAGCAGGUGUCUGGAUUCUCAGAAGUGAUGCUCACCGAGGAGAGCCAAGUGAUUUUCCUCUCCAUGGAGCGAUUCCCGUCAAGUCGUGCCAUGAAGCCUUGUUAUCUCAGGAAACGUGUGGAAGACGCUCUGGAGAAGUCGCCUCCUGAACUUCUGGUUUUGUCUCCUCCAUGCACAGACGAAGGUCAGUAUCCUCCAGAGUUUGUUGAAGCGGUACUGCAAACCGUCCCAAUGUAUCGCGAUGCACGCCCAUCCGAAGUGAUGGUAGUUGUAGAUGAUACCGUUCCGCCUGAACAAUGGGAUUCUGUGCUUGCCGUAACCAGCCUGUCCGAGAAAACUGAUGAGGAACUGUUGCCCAUCCUCAAGAAGUUGCACCAGAACUUGGGUCAUCCUCCCAACCAUGACCUUAUCCGUGUAUUGAAGCAUGGUCAGGCUAGUGAACAAGCCCUUCGGCUGGCCAAAGAUUUUUCCUGUGACUUUUGCAAGACUCAGUGCCGCCCAUCCGUUCCGUUGCCUGCUCAGCCACGUCGAGUCUCCGAAGUGAAUCAGUUGGUUGGAUUGGACAUCAAGUACUUGAAAGGUUGGCGCCCAAAUCAGAAAGUUAAGGCGUUGAACUUGGUCGAUUAUGCUAGUGGAUAUCAACGAGUCAUUCCGUUUUUCGAGCAGGAAACAGCCCAACUCAUUCGCAAGAUGUUUGAAGAGCACUGGAUCUCUUGGUUAGGUCCUCCUCGUGAACUGAUUCUUGAUGCUGCUAGAACCAACCUUGGUGAAAAUAUGGCCACUCCUUCAGAACUUCAGGGCACGGAGAUUCGUCCAAUUGCCGCUGGCGCGCAUUGGCAACUUGGAAAGGUCGAGUCUCAUGGCGGAUGGUUCGGUCGUUUGGUGGAGAAGCUUGUGGAUGCUCACCAACCCUCUAAUAAAGAGGAAUGGCUGCAGUGUGUGGUUCAUGCUCACAUUAAGAACCAAAUGUUGCAAGUCCAUGGUUUUUCUCCUCACCAAAUGUUGUUCGGCCGCAACCCUAACAUUCCGGAAGACCUGUUGAGUGAACCUUUGAAUGUGAUUGCAGCCACCGCUUCCCUGACAGAGCAGGGGAUUGCAAGAGCCCAAGCCAUGAGAACCACAGCCCGUUCGGCCUUAAUUCAAAUGCAGGAUGACCGGGCGUUGCGUGUUGCCCUCUUGGCCCGUCCGAGAGUGUCCAAAGAGUUUGCCCCUGGAGACCUAGUUGCUUACUGGAGAGAUCAAAAGUGGAUUAAGGGUAAACUUCAAAUCGGGGGUCAAUGGUGGGGUACAGCAGUCGUCCUGGGUAAAGUUGGCCGUAACUAUGUGCUGUUGCACCGCCGUCAAGUUCUGAGAUGUGCUCCUGAGCAGAUUCGUCCAGCCACAGCCGAGGAAAAGACAGUUCUCGGAACCCCACAUGCCGAGAUGUUAGGUAUAAAGGAUCUCAUCGAGCAAGGUAACAUUCGAAGUCAACAGUUUCUGGAUUUGUUGCCACAGUCAUACCCACCUGAGGAAUCUUCUCAGCCAGAUCAACCACCAACAGUGUUCGAUGAUGAUAUGGAUGAAUCAGCACCAGUCAGAGCACCAGAACCAAGAUCAAAUUCGACUGCCUCCGCUCCCGAAGCAAGUGAUCUCCGGCCUGCUGAGUCGACACCUCAGCCUGAAAUGCCUGAAUCUGAGGCGCCUCAAACCGGAUCCUCCGAAGUGCCACCUGAACCUAAAGAUCCCAUUGAAUCUAACACUGGGGAUAAUUCUUAUGGUCCCAUUAGGCGUAGAGUAACCGGUAAGGAUGGUCCUUUGAUUCUCUGGCAUCCUGCAGCAAUGCGUCAAGACGAUUUUGUUGAAAUCAUGAAGGAAUUAGUGCCUCCGUUGAUUGAGCAGGCCAUGGAGUCCUCUGAAGAAAGUUCAGGUGUCAAGCGGUCAGUAGAUGAGGUAGAAUCUGCCAGAGCCGGUGAACCAGCUCCUGCCCGUCCUCGCAUUGAGGAAGCCUUGAGUGUUGUAGAGUGCAAUCAGCUGUGCGACAGUUUGCAAAAUGAGCCACAUGAAGUUUUCAUGGCUGAAUUUCUCAAAAAGAAAAUGAGCAAAGAGUUACCUCACAGCAAGAAUCCGCCACCGCUUCAGGCCAAGGUAGAUGAAGGUAAGCGAACUGAAUGGGAAACUAUUGUCUCCAAACCUCAUGCCGUGAAAAUUCAUUUUGGCAAAAGAGCUGCGCAGAUCAAAGCUGAUCAUCCAGAUCGGUUCAUCGGUAGCAGAUUUGCGCUGACCAGGAAACCUGUGACCGAAGGUCAAGAUGUUGAUCCGCACGAUUGGCAGACCUUUUCUGUCAAAGGCAGAUGGUGUUUGCAGGGGCAUUUGGACCCAGAUCUGUCAGAGAAAGCCUCCGAAGGCAUGCUUAAGUCACCCACCUUGAGUCAGUUAGGACGCAUGACGUUGAUGCAACUGAUUAGCUCGUUGAAGUGGGAUUUGCAGCUUGGUGAUAUCCGAGGAGCUUUCUUAGAAACAGGUCCAAGGGAUAGCCGUUUCAAACCCUUGUUUGCACAUCAACCACCAGGUGGAAUUCCCGGACUGUCGCCUGAUGCGGUCAUCGAGGUGUGUGGAAAUGUCUACGGACAGAACGAUGCCCCAGCUGCCUGGUUUAAGGAAUUUUCUUCUUUUGUCACAUCAACCGGAUGGACUCAAAGUAAGAUGGAUCAGUGUUUGUUUUCCCUGCGAGACCCGCAUGACCCAAGCAAGCUGAUAGCCCUGAUGGGAGUUCACGUAGAUGACACUGCUCUGGGAGGCGACGAAGGUCACCCUCUGUUUCAGUCGGCCUUGAACCAACUUCGUACCAGAUUUCCGUAUCGCAAAUGGCGUACCAAGUCUGGAGAGUUUUGUGGUGCUUGGUAUACACAGUUGGUUGACAAGUCUAUCCACAUGAGCAUGAAAACGUUUGCUGAAAGAAUUCGACCAGUGAAUAUCCCAAAGGGUAGUGAUGCCGAUGAACCACUCAGUCCUUCCCAGAUGAAAGUUCUCCGUGCGGUGAAUGGAAGUCUUAACUGGCUUUCAAGUCAAUCUCGACCUGAUUUGAGUGUUCAGACUAGCAUGAGUCAACAGUCUUUUCCAAAACCCACCAUCAAGGACUUGCGUAUGGCAAAUCAUGCAGUGAGACAUGCGAGACAGGCAAUGGCCACGGCUUCUGGAACCGUGGAGUGGCUUGCCUUGCUGGUGUCGGAGUUGCUUGAUGGACCCUUGAUCAUUCGCGAAUGCAGAGAGCGGUUGAAAAAGAGACGUCCCAUCCUUUUUUCCAAAGAGCAAGUUUCCAACGUGAAAGCCUUGCUCGACUCAGCACGCCGUGAUGGAUGCAUCGAAUUGCUAUUGACUGCUUUGCGUGAUGAGCCGCUUCUCAGUGAGGCUGACUCGUCAGAAUUUGAGGUGCUCUCUCCUCAGUGUCUGGCUGCAGCCAGCAUGACUGAUGCUUCCAAGCGCCGUGGAGAUGACGGUUCUUUGGAAGAACCUCCGUCCUCCAAGCAGCGCCCUGUGUUGCCAUGUGAGAUCACGACCAAGGACGGUGGCAAGCCUUUUCCUCCGGGUAUCCGUUCUUUGGAAGAGUGGGGCAACACAAUCAUGCCAAUGGGAAAGUAUGCCAAGGAGAACCUUACCUAUGCGGAUCUGAGCGGUGCCGCUGAUCAGGCCAAGCAGGCCUAUUGUCAGUGGAUGGUUUCCCAGAAGGGCCGUGAAGAUUUGAAUCCAGUUUUCCGCGAUUUCAUCAAGUAUCUGCAGAUGCGUGAAUCGUCAACUGGCUCAGGUGAGAUUUGCUAUCCUGGAAGCUCCAUUGUGCGAAAGGACCUGCAGGUAGACCUGGGACAGCAGCUGAAGCUGCAACACUUCGUGGCCGCCCUGGAACCAUCCGAUGCUGCGGUGGUUGCUGGUAGCGGCGUGAAAUAUCUGCAGGGAGAGGCCUUCUUAUUGGACGAAGCGGGCCUGAACUUCACGGUGAAACAGGUUUUGGGCGCCUGGCCACGUGGUGCUGCAGUGCAGCUGCAACAUUUGCAUCUCAGGGAGGAGGCGAAGCUGCAGAAUGCGACUCUCAGCGUGGAGUUUCUUGGGGGUUUUUGGGUCCGGUGUCCCUUUGGCAACGGAGUUUCUUGGGGGUUUCAAGUGGGGUGA